GCGCAGAGGCUCCACGGCAGCGCAUCACAUGACGCUUCUCUUGUGACAAUCCAGACAGAAAGGAAAAGCCUUUCUGACUUCCAGCUGAGUUAUCUGCGGCUGUGAUGACUGUUGUUUUGGUGCCAAAGGACCAACUUCAAGGAGGGACAUGGAGUUGAGUUAACCAUUACCAGCAGCGCUCCGCCAUUCCGGCCUUUAAACUGGACGUUUGGUGAACAUUUGGGUUGUUGCGCCACCGGGGACAAAGUUGGCGCAUGGAGAGGGACGAAGUUUCAUUUUUGCGCAGCGUAUUUUCUUUGUUUUUUGUCGCCACUGCGUGUCAGCGAACGUCGCACAGCUUUUUUACGCGCGACCACAGCCGAGUACUUUAGUUUUUUUUGCCCCUUUUGUGUCGCGGAAGACUUCAGGGCAGAGACAAGUUGAGGACGUCGGCUGAGAUGGUGGACAACAAACCUCUGCUCCAGGACAGACCUCCCGCCUACGCCGCCGUCCCAGCGGCGUACGACUACGGCGCGCAGCAGCCGCCGGCGCAGCCCGGAUACGGUGCCAUCCCGGCCGCGGGACCUCCGCCGUACCCGUACCAGGAUGGCCAAGGAUUCCCGUCAGCCCAGAUGAGCCCGGCUGUCUCCCAGCAGCCCUACUCUGGAACGUACGCCAUCAUCCAGCCGUCUGUGGUGGUGGUGGGAGGAUGUCCAGCCUGCAGGGUGGGCGUCCUGGAGGAUGACUUCACCUGUCUGGGGAUCCUCUGCGCCAUCGUCUUCUUCCCUCUGGGCAUCCUGUUCUGCUUCGCACUGCGUCAGAGACGGUGUCCUAACUGUGGCGCCACCUUCGGCUAGAGGGACCAAACUGCAGCUCCUGCACACGCUUCUACUCCCAUGCAAACACACACAUCUACACACAUCUACACACAUCUACACACAUCUACGCACACAUCUACAUGAUCCACCAUGUCUGUGUCUUUUCUUUUGUAAUCUUUUCUUAAUAUUGCACAUUGCUGUUGCCAUUAAGUCGUGUACAACCAACGAUCUAGAUAUUUACUGCAAAUUACGAUGUGAGUUUUGGUCUUGGUCCGCUAGCUGAGGGAAUAUUCUAGCGUGUGUCCGUGUCCAGCUGUUGUCAGUGCCUUCACUACAUGCUGAGUGAUCAUCGGAUUCCGCCAGUCAUGAUUUCUUCUGUAGAUUUAGCUCAGCGAUGUGCAGAUCUGAGCAGAUUCCUUCGUUUGACAGAAUGAACCGAGGCAUGUAGAGGGUUUUUUUCUCUCCUUUUUGUAUUUGCUGCUUCACCGCAGACCUACUUUUUGGAUAACGUUGUGCUUAGUAAUAUCAGAUCACUUUUGAAUUAGAUUUUUUAGGAACCAUUUUUUGUUUUGUUCCUUUAUUUUCGGCUCAUUGUGGACAUGUUUAAGAAGAUCCUCGGACGUGGACUCUUCCAGCUGAAGCUGUGUUGAGACAGAAAAGCCUUUUUUUUUUGUCUGUUUUUGUUGAUAUUAUUUUUUGGGGCCAUAUUUGCACUGACCGUUUGUCUGAUGAUUCUUCUGCUGGGUUGUGCUUUUCCAGGGCCAAUGCAGACCUCAGGUACAUACAAUCUGAAACGCCCUCGACUUUACAACCUCAACCACUGUUUGACUUCGGUCUUACUUUAAAAAGAACUCUCGUGUCAAAAGCGCAGACCUUUAAUGAGUUCAAGGAAGCAUGCUGAAGAAAAUCUCUCGAUAAUGUGUAUAAUCUCUGAAUUUUUACCUUAGUACUCUGUGACAAGUCGACCUGCCCCGUUCCUCCCAGCCAGACAAUCAAUGGAGAAUGUCUACGUAUCCGUGUAUCUGCUGUAUCUCCGUGUCUUCCAUCACAUCAAGAUGUUACGAAACUGAAGGAGAAGGAGAUAUAACUGGAUGGGAGGGAUUCAAAACAAAACAAAAAAAUCUUGCUUUAGAAAACACACUACGCACGCUGUUAUGAUUGAGAUUCUUACUUUUUAUAUAUGAGUUACUGUAAUUAAAAAUGAAUGCUACUUAA